UCAGAAGGUCAUCAGAUACCAAACAAAUCCGACUUUAUUCUUUCUCCUGAGCUGUACUAGGUAAGCCAUGCCUUCAGUCCCGUCCGGUUCUGACUCUGAUUCGACCACCCUGGGACCGGUCUGCCCUCAUCUGGCACGUGAGGAAGCCAGCUCGGUCAUUAACGGAGAUGCCGAGCUGAAAGGAGAGACAAGAUUACAUGGAACGGAGGAUAAGCAGGAAGAUGGCACCGAGAGGAAGUGGAUCCGUCCAGACCUGCCCAGCAGAUGCACGUGGAAGCUGGGGGAGGUGAACCUGGACUCGCCUCACGUUCAUCCUGAGCGGACGACUCGACCCAUCAUUUUUCCCAACAUCCUUAAUAAAAUUGGGGACACACCAUUGGUCCAGAUCAACAAGAUUCCAAAAAUGUUUGGACUGAAGUGUGAGAUCUUGGCGAAGUGUGAGUUCUUCAACGCUGGAGGCAGCGUGAAGGACCGUAUCAGCGUGCGUAUGGUGGAGGACGCGGAACGUGCUGGGAUCCUCAAACCUGGAGACACCAUCAUCGAACCCACCUCCGGAAACACAGGUAUCGGACUCGCCUUGGUUGCGGCGGUAAAAGGCUACAGAUGCAUCGUCGUCAUGCCGGAGAAAAUGAGCAUGGAGAAAGUGGACGUUCUGCGCGCCCUAGGUGCCGAGAUCGUCCGGACCCCGACCUCUGCCCGCUUUGACUCCCCCGAGUCUCACGUGGGUGUAGCCUGGCGUCUGAAGAACGAGAUUCCCGACUCCCACAUUCUGGACCAGUAUCGCAAUCCCAGCAACCCACUGGCUCACUACGACAGCACCGCCGAGGAGAUCCUGGAGCAGUGCGAGGGUAAAAUAGACAUGCUGGUGGCUGGAGCUGGCACCGGUGGCACCAUUACUGGAAUUGCCCGCAAGCUGAAGGAGAAAUGCCCAAACAUCAAGAUUAUUGGAGUGGAUCCAGAGGGUUCGAUCCUGGCUGAGCCGGAGGAGCUAAAUAAGACCGAUAAGACCCAGUAUGAGGUGGAGGGCAUCGGAUACGACUUUCUUCCCACCGUACUGGACAGAUCGGUGGUGGACGACUGGUACAAGUCAAACGACGAGGAGUCCUUCACAAUGUCGCGGAUGCUGAUCCGACAGGAAGGCUUACUGUGUGGUGGUAGUUCAGGUUCUGCCAUGGCUGCAGCAGUGAAUGUAGCUAAGGAGCUUCAAGAAGGUCAGCGCUGUGUGGUCAUCCUGCCCGACUCGCUCAGAAACUACAUGUCUAAGUUCCUCAGCGACAAGUGGAUGUGUCAGAAAGGUUUUCUGCGAGAGGAGGACCUGAUGGUCAACAAACCGUGGUGGUGGAAUCUGACUCUUCAGGAUUUACGGCUUUCCGCCCCGCUGACCGUCCUGCCCUCCGUCACCAUCAAAAACACCAUCAAGAUCCUGAAGGAGAAGGCUUUCGACCAGGCUCCUGUGGUCGAUGAAGCUGGGAUGAUAGUAGGAAUGGUUACGCUGGGGAACAUGCUGUCUUCUGUGCUCGCUAAUAAAGUCAGUUCAGCUGACCCGGUCAUUAAGGUUCUCUACAAGCAGUUCAAACAGGUUUGUCUUACAGAUAAUUUAGGGAAGCUCUCCCGGAUCCUGGAGACUGACCAUUUUGCCCUGGUGGUGCACGAACAAAUCCAGUAUAUGAGAGAUGGCUCUUCCACUCUUAAGCAGAUGGUGUUCGGUAUCGUCACGGCCAUCGACCUGCUGAACUACGUGACCACUCGAGAGAGGAGAGAACGCUCUCUGUCCGAGUGCUCGCUGACCGAUGAGCCGUAGCUGCUCUGUGUACAACACACACACAGAUUAAUAGGUUGCUCAUAAUGAUGUAUCGAUACGAGCACACAGUUACAUCUACGAUAUUUUCUUUAUAACGGAAGUACGUGCACGUGCCAAACUUUAAGCAGUUAAAUGAAGUCAGCUUACGUUUGUAGGCAUUUUUUUGUGCAUGUAUACACCGGUCAGGCAUAACAUUAUGACCACCUUCCUAAUAUAGUGUUGCCCCUCUCCCUUUUGCUGCCCCAUACGCAACAAACAGCGCUGCUCUGUGUAUUCUGACACCUUCCUAUCAGAACCAGCUACAGUAGCUCAUCUGUUGGAUCGGACCACACGUGCCUUGGUCGUCGGUUUACCACUGUUCCUUCUUUGGACCACUUUUGAUUGAUACUGACCACUGCACACCGGAAACACCUCACAAGAGCUGCAGUUUUAAAGAUGCCCUGACCCAGUCGUCUAGCCAUCACAACUUGGCCCUCGUCAAACUCGCUCAGAUCCUCACACUCGCCCAUUUUCCUGCUUCUAACAUCAACUUUGAGGAUAAAAUGUUCACUCGCUGUGUAAUAUAUCCCCCCCACUAACAGGUGCCGUGAUGAAGAGAUGAUCAGUGUUAUUCACUUCACCUGUCUGUGCUCAGAAUGUUAUGCCUGGUAUUGAUUUUCCUUGAAAAAAAGAACGACGCUUGCUAAUUAUGCCCGUCUGUGAGCGUAUGUAUAGAAAAUAGGCCAGUUGGCGUCAUUUUAAAGCUGAAUUGAUGUGCACAGGGUGUCUACAUGUUUAAAAAAUGGUGGUGCCAUGUGCUAGCCCUUUACCAUCCAUGACUGAUAGCCGUCUGAUACGGGUCAGUUAACAGUUGGGUAUUGAAAGGUAAAUGUGUAAAGAACUGGUGUGGCCUAACUUGAAUUUCAGAAUAGCUUUAUUCUCAGUGUAUUAUCGCUGUGCUGGUUUGUCUUUACCAAAUUUACUUUUUUAAGGAUGUAUGUACUUGAUAUAACAGACAAUCAUGCUUUACGUGUUUACUUUCAUUUACAGUUCCCAUUUUAAAUGCUGCUGCUACUUCCUUCCUGUGCGUUGUAUUUUAAAGGACUAGUAUAAUGGUAUCAGUCUCUGUUCUCUCUAUCUGUGUCAUAUAAUUCUGCUCUAAAUUAGUAAAGGAGAAAGUCCGCCGUCAGUCUGAGACCUAAAGCUCGGUUGAAGUUGGGUCAUGCAGCAGGAUAAUGAUCCGAAACAUGCAAACAAGUCCAACUCUGAUUGACCUAGCCUUUCCAAAACCUUAUUUUUUGUUGCUUUCGAUUGAUAUACUGCGACAAGACCUUAAAAGGACAGUAUAUGCUCAAUAACACUCCAAAAUAGCCAAAUUAAAACAUUUCAGUUCAGAAUUCUGCUGCUCGUGUUAUCUCCAGAACAUCUUCCACUGAACAUAUUACUCCAGUUCUCAAGCAGCUUCACGGGCUUCCUGUCCAGUAUCGCAUCAGUUUUAAAAUCUUCCUCCUUACGUUCAAAGCUCUCCACAUUUUAGCACCUCCAUAUCUCUCUGAUCUUAUCGUACACUCAGAUCUUUUUCUGCCCUUCUACUCCUUUGGUCCGUCUGUCUACUAUGGGGGCUAGAGCUUUUAGCUGCUCUGCCCCACAUCUCUGGAACUCUCUCCCUCCCGACAUUCGCACCAUUGAUUCUUUCCCUGGUUUCAAAAUAUGCCUUGAAACGUAUUUCUUUAAACUUGCCUAACCUUAAUAUGUGUAAUUAUGUUGUAAUGCGGCCAUAAAUAAAAUGUAUUAUUAUUAUUAUUUAUUAUUAUUUCUGCAAAGAAUAGUGAGCCAAAUUUUACCCACAGUGACGUAAAAGACUGACAAAGUGUUUUUACAUGGGUGACAUACUGUAGGUGUUGUUAAUUGGAUGAUUAUUGCAACAACUAUACUAGGCCCAGUAAGGUCAUGCCGAAUUUGUGGAGUGACACCAGCGUUAGAACUGUGUAAAAAUAAGCACAUUGAUACACAUUGAGUUUAAAUUAGAAAUGUUUGUAAAGAAUAUAUAAAGUUCUUGUCAUUAACUAAACAACCUGGAUCAACAGGGGGGGUUUGGUCUGUUGGUCCUGGAUUCUGUGAAGUUGCUUCGAGACGAUGCCCAAAUAAAAUAGACUUGAUUUGAACCCAGAAUGUAUUCAUGAUAGAAUUCUGAGAGACCGAGUACAUUUAUGAUGCUGUGCAGUGGUAGAAGUUUGCCAGUUCAUGCCCAAACACUUCCAAUUUGCCAAUUUUGGGACCUUGAGCAAGAUUCUUAAACCAAAAAGUCGCUUUGGGGAGCAGCGUGUGUUUAAUGAUGCAGAAGUAAAUACUAAUUAAGACCUUUAGGUUAUAACAGGGAAGCGUUUUGUUUGGAAUUUGAUGAUUUGUCGGCUUGUAGCGCCACAGUGUGUUAAUAUUGAGUAACUACAUAAACAUGUAGGGUGUUCAUUCUGUCUGAUUGAAGGUUUAUGGGUAGGUGAGGUAAAAUAGAAACACUGUUAGUCCCAGUUUUCUUCUUCUUUUCUUUCCUGCUGAAUACUUGAUUGUUUUAAUGUUUCUGGGUUUUUUUUUUUAUCCUGUUUACCUCUUAAAUAAGUACUUUUGGUUUUGCUUUUAUCAUAAAUCAAAUGUGAAUGUAGGAUAAGGUGUUGAUUAUUAGAAUGAUUUUAUUAAUAGAAGUCUGUGAGUCUUAUAAAUGACCGAAAGCUCAAUCUGCAUGUUACAAUCUUAAGUUGUAUUUAUUUUUAUUUACUGCUGAGGGCUAUUAAAGUUAAAAAUAAAAGUUUUAAAUAAAAGCUUUUGUGUUUUCUCUGCUUUUGCUACAUGAUGAGCAUUUCUUUUAUCUCAACUGAGGUUGUUAAAUGAUUUCAGCCAAAUA